CUCGUGAAAAUCGAAGCGCCAUUUUGAAACCUUGAACAUAUUCAUCAUGGAAAUCACAGAUGCUAACUUGCAGACCCUGGGCAACUACCUGCUUCAGACUUUGUCCCCAGAUCCUGCUGUUAGGAGACCUGCUGAAAAGUUUCUGGAGUCUGUUGAGGGGAAUCAGAAUUACCCACUAUUACUGUUGAACUUACUGGAUAAGCCAGGGGUAGAAGCCAACAUCAGAGUCAGUGCAGCUAUCACCUUUAAAAAUUAUAUCAAAAGAAACUGGAGAGUGCUGGAUGAGGCUCAUGACAAAAUCCACCCUGAUGACAGAGCCACUAUCAAACGGCUUAUAGUGGGAGUGAUGUUGAACAGUCCAGAACAAAUACAAAAUCAACUAAGUGAUGCUAUAAGUAUCAUAGGAAGAGAGGACUUUCCUGACAAGUGGCCAGAUUUGCUGGUGGAGAUGGUGGGGAAAUUUCAGAGUGGAGAUUUUCACAUUAUUAAUGGAGUUUUGAGAACAGCCCAUUCAAUUUUUAAAAGAUAUCGUCAUGAAUUCAAGUCGCAGGAGCUUUGGACAGAAAUAAAAUUUGUAUUGGACAACUUUGCUGCACCUUUCACAGAACUUUUCAAGGCUACCAUGGAGCUGGCCACCAAGCACGCUAGCGACCCCAAGGCCCUGAAGGUGAUCUUCAGCUCUCUGGUUCUCAUCUGCAAGAUUUUCUACAGCUUAAAUUUUCAGGACUUGCCGGAGUAUUUUGAGGACAACAUGGAAAUCUGGAUGAACAACUUUCUGACUCUCCUACAAGUAGAUAACAAGUUACUACAAACUCAGGAUGAAGAAGAAGCUGGCUUGCUGGAACAUGUCAAAUCCCAGAUCUGUGAUAAUGUGGCACUGUAUGCUCAGAAGUAUGAUGAAGAAUUCUGUAACCACUUACCUAAGUUUGUGGACACCAUAUGGCAUUUGCUGGUAACCACUGGACAAGAGGUUAAAUACGAUUUGCUGGUCAGUAAUGCUAUCCAGUUUUUGGCAUCUGUGGCUGAGCGACCAGGCUACAAAAGUUUAUUUCAAGCCACCGAGACUCUCCAUAGCAUCUGUGAAAAGGUGAUUGUGCCAAACAUGCAGUUUAGAGCGGCUGAUGAAGAGACCUUUGAGGACAAUCCUGAAGAAUACAUAAGGAGAGACAUAGAGGGUUCAGAUAUUGAUACAAGGAGAAGAGCUGCAUGUGACCUCGUUAAGGCUUUGAGUAAAAAUUUUGAAGGCCCAGUUAUUCAGAACUUCUCACAAUAUGUACAGGCCAUGUUAUUGGAAUAUGCUAAAAAUCCAGCUACCAAUUGGAAGAAUAAAGAUGUUGCGAUUUACCUAGUGACCUCACUAGCUGCCAAGGCACAGACACAAAAACAUGGAAUAACUCAGACCAGUGAACUAGUCAAUGUCAAUGAUUUCUUCAAUGCCCAUGUUGUACCGGACCUCCAGUCUCCAAAUGUGAAUGAAUUUCCAGUUUUGAAAGCUGAUGCUAUCAAAUAUGUGAUGACUUUCCGUAAUCAGCUCCCUGUAGACAGCAUCAUAGCCUGUGUUCCUCUGCUAGUGAACCACUUACUGGAUAACAGUCAGGUCUGCCACACCUAUGCUGCACUGGCCCUGGAGAGGAUCUUCACAGUCAGACAUCCACAGGGAGGUGCCGCAAUCACAAAAUCAAAGAUGGAAGGCCAUGUGGAAGUUUUACUGGUGAAUUUGUUUAAGGCUUUGGAACAUGAAGGGUCCUCAGAGAAUGAGUAUGUGAUGAAAGCCAUCAUGAGAAGUUUCUCCAUGCUACAAGAUGGUAUUCUGCCAUAUGUUGGAACAUUAAUUGGCAAGUUGACAGAAAAACUGAUAGCAGUAAGCAAGAAUCCCAGUAAACCGCACUUCAACCACUAUCUGUUUGAAAGUAUCUGUAUAGCCAUCAGAUCCACCUGUAAAGCAGACCUCCAGGCUGUCACCAGCUUUGAGAGUGGAUUGUUUCCUCCUUUUCAAGCAAUUCUACAACAAGAUGUGCAAGAGUUCAUACCAUAUGUGUUCCAAAUUUUAUCUCUGUUACUGGAGAUGCACGUAGAUAGUAUUCCUGAGUCUUACAUGGCCCUGUUCCCCCACCUCCUGACACCUGUACUGUGGGAGAGACCAGGCAACAUACCUCCUCUUGUCAGACUACUGCAGGCCUAUAUAGAGAAAGGAUCAAGGUCUAUUGGAGCUGAAAAAGUAAACGGCCUCUUGGGCAUAUUUCAGAAGUUGAUUGCUUCAAAAUCUAAUGACCAUGAAGGUUUUUAUUUGAUCAACAGUAUUAUUCAACAUAUACCAGCUGAUGUGUUAUCUCAGUACAUGAAACAGGUCUUUGUGUUAUUGUUCCAAAGGUUACAAAGUUCUAAAACAACUAAAUAUGUCAAAAGUUUAUUGGUGUUUUUCUGCUUGUAUGCCAUUCAGUUCACUGCUAACACUUUGAUCGAGAUGGUGGAUGGAAUUCAACCCAAAAUGUUUGGAAUGGUAGUAGAACGACUGUUUGUCCUGGAUGUGCAGAAGGUGUCUGGUUCUAUUGAGAGAAAGAUCUGUGCUGUGGGGAUCACAAAAAUGCUCACAGAGGCUCCCGCCAUGAUAGAAGGAGAAUAUUCAAGGUUUUGGGCUCCUUUGCUGCAAGCCUUGAUAGGAUUGUUUGAACUCCCUGAAGAUGAUACAAUUCCAGAGGAUGAACAUUUCAUUGAAAUAGAGGAAACACCAGGUUAUCAGACUGCAUACUCACAGCUGAUGUUUGCUGGCAAGAAGGAGAAUGACCCUGUGGCUGCUGUACCUGAUGCUAAGAUUCACCUAGCACAAAGUCUAUAUAAACUGUCGGCAGGACACCCGGGAAGGCUAUUGCCUAUGAUCAGCACAGGCCUUCAAGCAGAUGCAUCCACCUUCUUACAACAAUACCUGCAAGCUGCUGGAGUGACAUUAGUCUGAGUACUGGAAGUAAACUGGCUGGAUCAGACAGCACUAUUACUGAUCUCUUACCCUUGACAGUAGAAAAAAGACAGCAAAGAGCAAAACAUAUUGCAAUGAUCCCACUCCAUGUGUGAUACGUUGGCCUGUAAAUUUGACUCUCAUGGCACUGUAGAACAUGAUAUUGAAAAACUGGACUUUGUGUGGUGCUCCUGUUUUAAGAACAGUAAAUUUUUGGUGACAGUUCCCUUUGUUGCUGGGUGAAGAUUACUGUUGAGAAUGAAGACAAAACAUAUUGUACAAUUGCCAAUAAAUGUGGAUGGGAGGGGGGUGGGUAGGUGAUGCUUGUAAAUCAUGGAAGUACAUAUUUUCACUUCAACAUAGAAGUAGGUGGUUAGGAGGGCAGGGAACAGGUCAUGUCAAAGAAUGCACGUCUCUCAGCUGUGUAAGUUAUUUGAUAAAUGCGACUUAUACUUGUUCAUUAUUACCUGCUUCAUAGCUCUUGAAAUUAUUCUUUUAUCCUAUCAAGACAAAUGAUUUUAUCCAAGGAGUAAAGUGGAACAUCUCCUUUGGGAUAGGAAAUGAAACAAAUUAAGUUUAAUGCUUAAGUAUGUAUAAAACUUGUACUGAAGGGUGAAUAUGGAACUUUGUAGACAUUAAGAAUUGAUUAAUAAGAUAAUGCUUAGAAUUGCACUAUUGAUGGGCUGGGCCAAAGGCUUACCUAACAUGUAAAGGAUAGUUCAAAUGUUACUACUUGUAAGCUCACAGAAUUGGAAGAAUGUGAUCAGACUCAACAACUGUGCAUUUUGAAAAAAAGUUAACAGAAACUUGUAUAUUUUUGGUACCUUAUCAUUUACAGCAUAUGCCAUAAUAAAAUUCUUCCAGUUUUGUUGCAUGUAAUGCAUAUUGUAAUCAAAUUUGCACACUGCAUAUUGUGAAUAUAUUGCAAGAUAUUUACAAUGUAAAGAGCCCAGAGAUGUGGUGUGAAAUAAAUUUGAUCUGUUUCUA